CAGGAUACAAUGUGGAGAAAAUCCUGCUGCCUGCCUCUCAUUCUUCCAAGGUGCAUUUCAUUUUAGCAGUGGUGGUGAGAAGAGAGCAGCUGCUUUGAGGUGCCGGCAGACAGAGAAGUUGCAAGCGGAAGCGCGCCUGCCGCUGCCGCCCGGCGAGCCCGCACGCCCCACAGAGAGCAGCGCAGCGAGCAGCUGAUUCAUCCGCAGGCAGCAGCCUGCUUUGAGAAGAUCAGGCUGCAGUUCUGCCUCUGUAGCUUUACCGCAGCACCCUUUCGACGGGAGUUAGUAGGAGAGAUUCGUAUCCCCCACUGAUUCAGGAAUUCCUUACUUCUUCAGCAACUGUUGCUAGGAGUUUGGAAAGAUGAAGGGAAGGAAGAAGAAAUGGUCCUUACCUUUAACCUUUAUCUUGCUGUUCAUCUGUAUCACUGAGAGUGUAACUACUGACCUAGAUGACAGUGAAGAAGAGGAUGCUUUAGGUGCUGUUUUGCCACCACUGAAACUAGGGCAUUCAGUCUGUGCCAUGAAAGCGGAUGAAGGUCCAUGCAAAGCAAUCCACAUGCGCUAUUAUUUCAAUAUUCACAGCCGUGAGUGUGAAAUAUUUGAAUAUGGUGGAUGCCAUGGCAAUGAGAACAACUUUCUUACACUGGAAGAAUGUCAGAAGAAGUGUGUAGUAACAGAAUUGCCUCAGAAGAUGAUGACAGCAAAGAUUAAGAAAGAAAAGCCCAGCUUCUGCUUUCAUGAGAAAGACCCUGGAGUCUGCCGAGGCUAUUUUUCCAGGUAUUUCUAUAACAAAGAAACCAAAUCAUGUGAAGUAUUCAAGUAUGGUGGCUGCUUUGGAAACCAGAACAACUUCAAGAGCUUGGAAGAAUGCCAGACUACAUGCCAAAACAACUUUGUUCCAGCUGAAGAGCAUCCUAAUGGUGUCAACAGUAGUUCCCCAGUGGAAGAACCCAACCAGUCCCCUGGGAUUUCUGUAAAUUUGUUGCCAACUGCUCCAAAUGAGAAGUCUAACACUCCAAACAGCAGUUUCCCAAAGGCAGAGGGCAACCAGUUUCCUUUUUUUUUUGAACCAUCCCCUAUCCCAUCUUUGUGCAUGACUGGUAUGGACAGAGGACUUUGUAGAGCCAAAGAAUUAAGAUUUUUCUACAACUACACAACUGGAAGAUGUCGCCCAUUUAGCUACAGUGGUUGCGGUGGGAAUGAAAAUAAUUUCACCUCCAGAAAGUCAUGUUUGAGGAUCUGCAAGAAAGGAUUCAACAAGAAAAAAGGUGAAAGAAGAUCAAUAAAAAUCAAGAAGAAAAGAAAGAAAGAGUCAGUAAAAUACUGGGAUGGGGAGAUCAGCCCUGGAAGAACACAACUGUGAUUUUACAGAAAAGUGAAGUAAACAACUACUUACCACUGAAUGACAGCCUUUAGUGUACACUACUUAAAUGUAUUUACUGUACCAAUUAUUUUGAUUACAUAUUAUUAAACUGCUUAUAUUUUUAUUAUGUAUUCCUUAUCCGUGUUAAUAAACACUACCUUUUACUUUGA